CCCACUGGGGGGGGGGGCGUGUCCUGUGAGGAGGGCAAGGAGGUUGUCGAAGAAGGAGAAGAGCUGACCAACAAGGAGAAUACAAUGAAAGGAUUAAACGUGGAUGCUUGAUCUAUUUGGUCCUCAACGACACAUUUGAGAAAGUAGUACGUUGGCCACGCCCCCCUGCCAUCAGGGGCAAAGAGAAUCAUAACACAAGAUGGCAUCCGGCCGUCUGCUGCUGCUGGUGACCUUUUUGCUUCCUGUCGCCGGGAGACAACCCGCCGCCUCUGACUCAGACUCAGUCGCCACGGGGACGUCCUCCGAAGACGAGUCUUCCUCCGAGGAGAUGUCGACGAGCAGCGAACACCUGGCACAUCAAGCGAUGGCGCCGCGGUGGACGUCCCCGGAAAAGAUGGACCGAGAGCUGUACGUCCUUCCCGCCAGUGCCAGCGCGAAGCUCCGUUGCCCGGCGACGGGGAGUCCGCCGUUGCAGCUGCUCUGGUACAAGAACGGCAAAGACGUGCGUCAAGAUCAAAGACUCGGCGGCUACAAGAUCAGAAACCACGCGUGGACGCUGAAAUUGGACUCGCUGGUUCCGUCCGACCGAGGCAACUACACGUGCGUGGUGGAGAACGAGCACGGCAGCAUCCGACACAUGUACCGACUGGACAUCAUCGAGCGCCCCGCCUCCAGACCCCUCCUCCAGGCCGGCAUGCCGGCCAAUCAGACGGCGGUGGUCGGCAGCGACGUGGCGUUCACGUGCCGCGUCUUCAGCGAUGCGCAGCCUCACGUGCAGUGGGUCAAACAUGGCCGCCGGCCCGACGGAAGCCCGAGCAGACUCGUCGUCAAGACGGUGAACUUGAACACAACCGAAGAAAACAUGGAGGUUCUCACUCUAAAGAACAUAAGCACCGCCGACGCCGCCGAGUACACGUGUGUGGCGACUAACUCCAUUGGUGUCACGCAACACUCAGCCUGGCUCACGGUGCUCAAAGAUCCGCCUCCUGCCCCGCCCUCCUCCUCCAACUAUCUGCUGACCUUCCUCUACUGUCUGGGCUUCUUCAUCCUCAUCACCCUGGUCUUCACGGCUGUCAUCUGCAAGUUCUGCUCCGUCCCCAGGAAGAGGGCGGUCAGCAGCCAGCUGGCGGUCCACAAGCUGGCAAAGAGCGUCGCCCUGAAAAGACAGGUGUCCCUGCCGUCCUCGUCCCCCUGGCAGUCCAAGAGGCCUCAGUUCACCGGCCAGCAGGUUCCCUACGACCCUCGGUGGGAAAUUGUCCGCGACAGGCUGGUGCUGGGCAAGCCGCUGGGGGAGGGCUGCUUCGGACAGGUGGCCUUGGCGGAGGUCGUCGGCAUGGACGAGGAGCGGCCGGCGUGUGUCACCAAGGUGGCGGUGAAGAUGCUUAAAGCGGACGCUGGCGAGAAGGACCGACUCGACCUCGUCUCAGAGAUGGAAAUGAUGAAGACAAUCGGUCGUCACAAGAACAUCAUCAACCUGAUCGGCGCCUGCACGCGUGAUGGCCCGCUGUACGUGGUGGUGGAGUACGCCGCGCUGGGGAACCUCAGAGAGUAUCUACGUGCUCGUCGGCCUCCCGCCUCCGAGUACUCGGGCAAGGCGGCGCCGGGAGGCGUGGAGCUACGAGAGCUGGUGUCGGCGGCGUACCAGGUGGCCCGAGGAAUGUCCUACCUGGCGUCCAAGAAGUGCGUCCACCGAGAUCUGGCGGCCCGCAACGUGCUGGUCACCCACGACAACGUGAUGAAGAUCGCCGACUUUGGCCUGGCCAGAGACGUGCACCACGUGGACUACUACAAGAAGACCACCAACGGUCUGUUGCCCGUCAAGUGGACCGCACCCGAAGCGCUGUUUGACCGCGUCUACACGCACCAAAGUGACGUGUGGUCUUACGGGGUCCUGCUUUGGGAGAUUUUCACCCUGGGAGGUUCUCCUUAUCCCGGCGUUCCUGUUGAGAAACUCUUCAAGCUCCUGAAGGAAGGUCACCGCAUGGAAAAACCUUUGGCGUGCACGCACGAGAUCUACGUCAUGAUGCGAGACUGCUGGCACGCCGUCCCGUCCUGUCGGCCCACUUUCCAGAGGCUGGUGGAAGAUCUGGACGGAACGCUAGCUCUGGUAGCUAAUCAGGACUAUCUGGACUUGUCCCUCAGCCACAACCCUCUGCUUGGCUCCUCCCACUGGACCCGGGCGACGUAGACGCCAUCUUUGUUGUCUAUAAUGGCAAUGUUGUAAAUAAGUGUCAAUAUGAGGAAGAGACGUGUCAAUCAAAUGUUUUCUGUCUUGUUGGUGAGAGUUUGAUUGACAGGGAACAGAAAACACGCUUGAUGCUUCAAACUUUUAAUUUAUGCAAAUGAGGUCACAUAAAGGCUCUAAAAAGACGCUCCGUGUCCGGCACGAAGGCGUCCUCGAGAAAAUAAAUAUCUGGAUUCCUUCUUCUACUGGUGGCCGCUUGGCCCCGCCUCCUGGCCCUGCAGCGAGCGCUUCUUGGCAAAGAGGUGGGUGGGGUCGCGACCGUGGAAGCCGGGCUGGACGUUGAA